AUGGCUUUGAAAGUAUUAGUUGGUCAAAAGAUCAUGAACGAGGUGGUCAAGUACAAGCCUCCAGCUCCGAAAAAACAAGUCACGUCAGCUCCCAAGGCUGGCGCCGGUGGAAUGGAAUGGCGUGUCCUGGUAGUAGACAAGCUGGGUAUGCGCAUGGUCUCGGCUUGCACCAAAAUGCAUGAGAUAAGUGCCGAGGGAAUCACCUUGGUGGAAGAUAUUAACAAGAAGCGUGAGCCAUUGCCAACUAUGGAUGCUAUUUAUUUGAUAACCCCAUCGGAUGAGUCGGUUCGUUCUUUGAUUCGGGAUUUUGAGAACCCCGCUCGCCCAACCUACCGAUACGCGCACGUCUUUUUCACUGAGGUUUGCCCAGAGGAAUUAUUCAACGAUUUGUGUAAAUCGUGCGCUGCAAGAAAGAUCAAAACUCUAAAGGAGAUUAAUAUUGCAUUUCUUCCUUACGAAUGCCAGGUGUUCUCGCUGGACUCGCCGGACACGUUCCAGUGCCUGUAUUCGCCGGCAUUCGCUUCCAUCCGAAGCAAGCAUAUUGAACGCAUCGCGGAGCAGAUCGCAACUCUAUGCGCUACUCUGGGGGAAUACCCGAACGUGCGCUACCGCUGUGACUGGGAUCGGAACAUUGAUUUGGCUGCAUCCGUGCAGCAGAAGCUGGACGCCUACAAGGCCGACGAACCAACCAUGGGCGAGGGACCGGAGAAGUCCCGUUCACAGCUAUUAAUCCUGGAUCGUGGCUUCGAUUGUGUCUCGCCGCUCUUGCAUGAACUGACACUGCAGGCCAUGGCCUAUGAUUUGCUUCCAAUCGUAAACGACGUCUAUCGGUAUACACCUGGGCCCAACCAGCCCGAUAAGGAGGUGUUGUUGGAUGAGAACGAUGACUUGUGGGUGGAGCUGCGCCACGAGCAUAUUGCUGUAGUGUCCACUCAAGUGACGCAGAACUUGAAAAAGUUUACCGACUCCAAGAGGAUGAGCUCCACCGAUAAGUCUUCAAUGCGCGACUUAUCGCAAAUGAUUAAAAAGAUGCCGCAGUAUCAAAAGGAACUGUCCAAGUACUCGACCCAUUUGCAUUUGGCCGAGGACUGUAUGAAGUCCUACCAGAACUAUGUCGACAAACUUUGCCGAGUUGAACAGGAUUUAGCGAUGGGAACCGAUGCCGAAGGGGAGAAGAUUAAGGAUCAUAUGCGUAACAUUGUUCCCAUUUUGUUAGAUGCGAAUGUCUCCAAUUAUGAUAAAGUUCGCAUAAUUGCGCUUUAUGUGAUGAUCAAGAAUGGAAUAUCGGAGGAGAACUUGACCAAACUAUUCACCCAUGCGCAGUUGUCGCCCAAGGAUCAGGACAUGGUUCGAAAUCUGAAUUAUUUGGGAAUCAAUGUCAUUGCCGAUUCCCGCAAGAAGAUCUACUCCGUGCCGCGAAAAGAACGAAUCACCGAGAGCACCUACCAAAUGUCUCGCUGGACACCUGUCAUCAAGGACAUCAUGGAGGAUUGCAUAGAGGAUAAGUUGGAUCUGCGUCAUUUCCCCUUCCUCGAGGGCCGUGCCCAAAACACCAACUACCAUCAGGCACCUGCCAGUGCUCGGUAUGGCCACUGGCACAAGGACAAGGCCCAGGCGCAGGUGAAGAACGUCCCCAGACUCAUUGUGUUCAUUGUGGGCGGCGUCAGCAUGUCGGAGAUGAGGUGCGCAUAUGAAGUAACCAAUGCGGUUCGCAACUGGGAGGUCUUGGUCGGAUCCUCACAUGUCCUAUCUCCCGAGAUCUUUCUGAGCGACUUGGGUAGCCUAUCCAAGGAAGAUUAAAUAUAUUAACGUAAUAUAAUUCAUAGUAAAAUUAAUUCAUAGUCUUGCUAAACGAUUCUUUGAUGUUUGUCGAGUUUAUAAAAAAUUGUUUGUUAUUCGUAAUCGAAAGUUCAAUAUACAUACAUAUGUAAUUCCCUAAACAAAUGAAAUCAAAUUAAAUACCUAUUACAAAUGCUAUCAAUUAUAUACAAUUAU